AUGCAAAAUUUGUUACACCUAUAUAAAAGACGGGGUUCUAUUUCCUUUCGACCGCAUUUGGUACUUGAAGGCGGUCAAGCGAAGGAUCGCUACAAAAUGAUCUUUGACAAGAUAACGUUGCUAGCGGUCAUAUGCGGAGUUGCUUAUGGAUCCGGAAUACAUGAGUUACAGCUGGCACCUGGUGAGCCAGCUCCUGUCGUUACAGCAGCAAGUUCACAGUACUUCCAGAGGACGUUCAAUCGUCUGGUAGCUGCUCCUGUGUUUGAGCAAGUACCAGUAGCACCAAUAUUACCACCCCCUCAAGUUAUCCCAGUAGGCCCACCAACAGUACUACCAGUUCAGCCGACAGCUCCAGUAAUUCCAGUAGCGUCUCAGCCGCCGGUGAUUGUAGAAGCAACAAGAACAACAGUACUACCACCACCAACGAAUCCACCUGAAAACGCGGCUUCUGAUCCGAACAUAGCAUUAGCUAUUGCCACGACCCACGCUGCAGCACCAGUCGCCACUAUUCUGCUACCUCCGUACCCGUUUGGACUCCCCCCAGGAUUUAAUUUCAUUCCACAACCAACAGAUAGCUUCCCCACAGAUAAUCCAAACAAAGAACCAACGACUCAAGCUACCACUAAGAAAAGUAAGACGACGCAAAAUGCAACGACUACAGUCGCACCUUCGAAUAUCGAUGACAGUUUCAUCCAAGCCCUACCCUCUAAUGAGAACCCAAAUGUGUUUAGACAAUAUCUGGCACCUCAAGUACCUCAACAAUUACCUCAAACGCCAGCACAAAAACCGCAGAAACUGAAGGCCAAUUUUGAAAUAGUUCCAGUACCUCUGACUUACAUUGCUCCGCCGCCGCUUACUCUUCACCAUCAUCAUCAUAAACAUCAUCACCAUCACAGCUUACCGUUAAAAGUUGUGCCACACGUCCAUACCUUUAUACCAAAGAGUUCGAAGAUAAUAAUUAUAAGGCCGCUAUCAGCGCCACUGAGAGUUAGGACUGUAAAGAUUCCUCAAUACAAAGCUCCCCAGAAGGCAAGGAAUGUUCCUAGAAGAAUAUCCCAAAUGGGAAAUAACCGUGAUAUAGAACCAACCACUUUUAGGCCUAAUCGACCAUUGAACAAGCCUCCUAGAAUAUAA